CUGGACGAAAUCUCUAUUAAGAUCAAGCAUUGUAAUAAAGUUUGUAACCAAUCAAACAGCUGCACAGGUCAAGGACCAGUAGCUAGAACCAAAGCUUACGGCACAAACCCAAAAAACCCGAGGGGCACUCUUGGCCUGAGUGUAUAAAUAUAUGCUCAUAUCACCUUCCUGGAAACUACACAAAGUCUAAGCUGCAAAGAGAGAGAGAUCUACCACAUCUGCGAGCAGCCUAGCUCUACCUAAAUACUAAAUUUUUCUUGUCGGUUUUUCCCCAUACAUAUAUAUAUAUAUAUGGAUACCAAGGUUUUAUCAACCGGAGUUCGCUACACGAGCUUGCCUCAAAGCUACAUCAGACCAGAAUCCGAGCGGCCUCGGCUGUCUGAAAUCUCUGAUUGUGAAGAUGUUCCCAUCAUCGACUUGGGUAUUGCAGAUAGAAGCAAAAUUGUCAAGCAAAUUGGCGAUGCCUGCAAAUCUUUUGGCUUUUUCCAGGUGAUCAAUCACGGCGUGUCACCGGAGGCAGUGAAGAAAAUGUUAGACGUGGCUAUUGAGUUCUUUAGCCUGCCUGUGGAAGAGAAGUUGAAGCUCUAUUCGGAUGACCCUUCAAAAACAGUGAGACUUUCAACAAGUUUUAACGUGAAAAAAGAAAAGGUUCAUAAUUGGAGAGAUUAUCUUAGACUCCACUGUUAUCCUUUAGACAAGUAUGUGCCUGAGUGGCCCUCCAAUCCUCCUACCUUCAAGGAAAUUGUGAGCAAUUAUUGCAUGGAAGUAAGGGAACUCGGGUACAGAUUACAAGAACUCAUAGCAGAAAGCUUAGGCGUGGAAAAGGAUUCUAUAAAGAAUAUAUUGGGUGAGCAAGGACAGCAUAUGGCUGUGAACUAUUAUCCACCUUGUCCCGAACCAGAACUCACCUAUGGAUUGCCUGGACAUACUGAUCCCAAUGCUCUCACAAUCCUACUUCAAGACCUCCACGUAGCAGGCCUUCAAGUUCUCAUAGAUGGCAAGUGGCUUGCUGUUAAUCCUCACCCAAAUGCUUUUGUCAUUAAUCUCGGAGAUCAAUUGCAGGCAUUAAGUAAUGGGAUUUAUAGGAGUGUUUGGCACAGAGCAACAGUGAAUUCUGAGAAGCCAAGGCUAUCGGUAGCUUCGUUCCUCUGCCCAUGUGACGACGCCUUAAUCAGCGCCCCAACAGCACUUACAGAAGAUGGAUCUGCAGCAGUGUACAGGGGUUUCACAUAUGCAGAGUAUUACAAGAAGUUUUGGAGUCGGGACUUGGAAAAAGAACACUGUCUCGAACUUUUCAAGAAUUAGUAGUACCCUUAAUUAAUAAGAGUAAUGCUACGUACAGUUGUGGAGUGUGCAAACGUAGUGCAAUUAUUUUAAGAAAAAAUAGAGUCCACAAUUAAAAAAGUUAAUUGGUCUCGUAUUAAUUCACUUUUUUCAAAGAGACUGCACGACAUUUGCACAAUCACAACUGCAAAUAUCAUUUCUCAUUGCCUAGUUCUCGAUCGUCAGCUUUGCCACACAAUGACAUCAAUUUAUUCAAGAAAACUCCCACACAGGUUAUUGGUGAAUUAUAGCGUCGUACUUCUCUCCUCUGUUUAAUAUGCAACACGUUGUAUUGAACCAUAAACUAGGUAGAAUUUUCUGAUCUGUUAGCCAUGAAUUUACGUACUUUUGCUGGUUGUUAUGGUUUUUGGACGAAGCUGUAGUGUAAGGUUAUAUUUUGUGUAGUGUAAGGUUAUAUUUUGCCA